AUUUCCUUGACCAGCAAUGAAUGAAAUAUAUAAUGUUUUUAAAUGUAUCCUAUAUCACUUAUUAUGAUUAAAUUACUACUUAAAUCACUGGUACUCCGAUUCAGCAUAAGAUCUCUACUUUGUUCUAAAAAUGAUGUUUUUUUUUUUAUAAAAAUCAUGGAUUACCUGAUGCCAGUACAUCAAUCUGUCCACUCCUUAUCUGAGGCUUUCCAUGUCAAACCAAAGUCCUCUUUGCACGUCUUGAGGUGGCUAUUGAGGGAUUUGGUAAUAGAAGUGGGUUCCAUCAUAUUUUCGGGCUAUCUGGUUCGCUUUUCUUUUCGUCCAGAAAACUUCGUUAUAAAUAAAAACUAAACCGAAUUUAGUUUUUGUAACAAUCUUCAUCACUAAAUACUCGAUACAAAUCAUAACAGUCAUAAGAGAUAUAAAUUAUCCAUUGCUUCAAGAUAUUUUUCUAAGUGAAACCUUACAAUAGAUCUUUCAUAGAAUUAGAGGACAAAGGAUAUAGAAAAUGGAGUAUAAGAAUAAAAAGCAACUAUAAAGGCUGCUCGGAUAUGAGACAAGAUUUCUUUGAAACGCUCUGGUCAAGUGGAUUACGCUCCACUGCUUCGGAACAGCACAUCGCAAGAAUGCUUAGAAAUUCGUUGAAGCGAUUUAUAAUUCUUCCAAUUUGUACAAUCUCUCUCAAAUAAUUUAGUCAUUUAUCAAAUAUUACUUUCAUUUUUCUAUCUCUUUCGUGAGUUUCAAUACUAUUUGUUAGUGCUCUACAGCUUCCUAUAAAUACAAUUUGCAUCUCCAGCUCGUGUAAAAUCACUAUUUUCAUAAACAGAUUCUAUUUCCGUCAUCAACGAUAAACCAUCGCUGUUUAAAUAUUUAUUUUAAUAAUUUAAAUAUACAACAUUACGCAUAUGCAGGCAAAAAUGCAUCUGGUCUCUGUUCUUCAAUAAAGAAGUUCAUUUUUCUGUUCAUUUUCACUUCACUUCAGACAAUUAAUAGGGAUCAAUCGUGAUACUCAAAUUUUUGUUACAUAUCCAUUUACAUCGGGAAAUUUGAGUUAAAAUGAGUCAUAUUAUAUCAUCCUUUACUUUAUAACAAUGUAAAUAUUCGAAAAUAAAUUUUGUGGGGUUUCCAACAUAAUUAUUCCUGCAAAGUUUGUUUUACUCAAAGAAUAACAUAAUAAAAAUCAAAUUUUAGCUUUCCAACUCUCUAUGAUCUUUUGUUAUUACAAAAUAUCUUGAAGAGUAUAUUAUCUUUUAAACCAUAUUCACUUUAUAACAGGGCAGACUCUUCAUCAUUAUCCAACAAGAUUGUAAAUUCUUUUACUCAAUUUACUUACUUUUAGAGCUCUCUUAUUGAAAAUGCAAUUCAAGUAGCUAUCAGCCCUUAAGUAGCUAUUAUUUCCUUACAUUUUCAGAAAUAAAAAGAGAAAUUAGAUGAUUUUUGGAAAAUAUGCUCUAAUUUUAGCCUUAAAACCUGACCUUAACUCUUGUAUUUGAUUCGAUGUAACAUUUUCUUUUUCCAAAAUCUAGAAUGAGUAUUUGUUUAUGCCUCUAUUUUCAUAUUUUCACCACUUUUAGACAAAGCACAAAACCAUCUUACGGUAAUAAUUGUCUGGAUUUCUUUAACUGUUCUGAAGUCUUAUUAGUUCCAUAUCUUGAAUCAAACGAAUAUCCUCUAAGAUACUGAUAAAAUCUUUACUUGUAAUUACGAAACUCUAGGUCCCUUAAUAGAUUCGGAUGGAGUCUUCCUAAGGGUUUGUUCCUUCAUAAAAUCGACUAGUUUCAGAAACGGAAUAGAUUGGUUCUAGAUAAUUCUAAAGAAGAGAAGAGUUCAAAUAUUUUGUAUACUCCUUCUGAAUUAUUGGAAAUGAAUCAUAUGGUAUGGUAAAUUUAAAGGGGAGUUAAAAAGUUCCCUAACCAAAUGAUCAGAAAUUAAUGAAAAUUUGUCGAACAUAUGGCGUAGUGUUUAAAUGUAAGUUAAUAAUAUAAUGCAUCAUAAACAAAAUUCGAAGUGAAAUCAUUAAGUGAAUAAUUGAUAAGAGCGAGCGGAUGGUAUGGGUACAGUGAAGCAGGUGACCGACGACUACGAGAUGAAGAAGGUGAUUGGCGAAGGAGGUUUUGGCCAGUGCCGCCUAGUGCAAGAGUAUUCCACCCGGAGGAACUACGCUGCCAAAGUGAUACCCACCGCCAAGUUCAAAGAAAUCGAGUGGAAGUAUUUAGAAAACGAGAUACAGCUUCAGGCGAACCUCAAGCAUAAAAAUAUAGUCAGGCUUAUCAAGAUUUAUCCUAGUGAAGAGCGUUGUGUCCUUAUCACUGAGUUGUGUGUUUAUGGUAAUCUUUUCAAUUUGCUAUCUGAUGGUAAGAAGAAGCUGGGAAACCCCGAGAAGAAGCACAUUCUCUAUGGAAUCAUUUGCGGAGCUGAGUACCUGCACCAGCAAAAUAUUAUCCACGCCGACAUCAAGCCACUCAACGUGUUCCUGACCCGUGGGCUUAUCGCUAAACUGGGCGAUUUCGGAAUGGCCCACAGAGAGGGAGAGUAUGAUAAUCUGGACAGUUUUGGAGGUACUCUUAACUAUUAUGCCCCGGAGCUCUUUAGGAUCGAACGUCACUCCAAGUCCAGUGACGUCUGGGCAAUUGGUUGCACAGCAUAUUUCACCUACAGUGGGGAAGAGCUCUACUCAUCUUCCCUUCCCAGCCAGCAGGUGAAAAACUUAAUAUGCAAAGGAGUUCCACCACUAGAAAACUUGUGCAUAAGUAAAGAAUGGAAGAAUUUUUUAGAACUUAUGCUCCAAUUGAACCCGAGAAAACGUUUAAAGUGUAGAGCUUUGCGACGACAAGCAUUUUUAUAUCGAAAAAAAUCCAGAACAGUAAAUCAAAGAGUGCUAAACAAACUUGUUCCUUUUAUGCUCAAAUGAAGAUGUUUAAAGAACUCAGAGAGUUAUAAGUAAACAUUAAUGUUGACUCAACAUGGUUGGGCAUAUCAAACUUUGACCUGGCUCCCCAUCAUUGAAGUGAUAAGAAAAUAAGGCAUAAUUUUACAGUGCUUGUUUGUAAGAAGAGACUGGGAAACCCUGAGAAAUGUUAGUAUUGACGCUUGGUGGUAGGGAGAUAUAAAGAAAAUUGUUCAUACCUACCUUCCAUGGAGCGUUGAUCUUUAAAACUAAUUUUCCCAAUCACUCAUUCUACAAAGUUUGUACAAUGUUUUUUCCCCCAAAACAGUCCAGGUUAUCAUACUCUCCCUUUCUAUGAUCAUUAGAAAUACUCAGUUUAAAGAUGGCCUUUUGUCAUGAAUAUACUUAGCUGCUAAAUGUUGACUUGAUAAUAUUUUGUCAGUGAAAUAUUUGAUAUUCAUAAAAUUCAAUUGAGGAUGGCUCUUUUCUCCGGGUUUCCCAGACAGAAAGCAGGCUACUUCGGUUUCUGCAGAUGCAUUACUCGGUGAGUCAUGCAUUUAUUGAAACCGUCGCAUCCUGCUAUCUGAUUACAAAAUGGAGUCUGGAAACCCGAUCAACUGAAUGCAUCCACGCUCACUCUAGUGGGUAG